AUGAAGGACAUCCCGACCUUUGGGGGAGAACACUUCCGUACAUGGCUCAAGGACUUCCAGAACGCUAUGCUCGUCUACGAUUGGGACGAGAACGACAAGAAGCAAGCAAAGGCUUUUCGCCUCAACCUAGUCGAAGGAUCGAUGGCACAGCAAUGGUACGAGCAGGAAGUCGAUGAGCCCUCGAGAGCCAGUUGGUCCCUACUCCUUCCUCUCUUGAAAACCAAGUUCGAUAAUGCGGUAGAGGACAGACGAUCAGCCUUCCAAGUGAUGUCGACUACGUCCUUGAGGGAUGACGAUAUCGGGGCGCCGAAUGGAAAGGGAGGGAUGCGACAUGUCGAUUGGGCGAGGUCUCUCUCCGUCGCCAGCCAAAGGGCCGGAGAAGACAGGGACGGUAACUACGCUUUCCUCGUCAUGAACAACAUCGGACCGAACGUCAGGAGCCUCCUUACAGCGAGAGCGGCGACCAACUCGGUCGGAAGGAUCUGUAACGCCGUCGAAACCCUUACCCCUACCGACAUCGAGACCGUCAAGGCCGCAGUGAAAGCUGAACAAGACAACAGGGACAUGCGAUCCAAGCUGGCCUUGCUGGAGAGGUCCAUGCAGCCUGGUAGGCCCGCUCCUCAACCGACGCAGAGGGAGACUUCGGACUCUUACAGCUCGUCGUGGAUCAACAACCAGAACGUCGCGCCAACGGAGGACGUGAUCUUCCAAAACAACACCGAAGGAGUCGAGGCAUACAAGCGAGCCGUGAGGGCGUACCACGAAAGGUACGGGGAUUCGACCUACCCCAACCCUUCGAGGCCGUACCCCCUUACCCCAGGUUCCGACCCAGCUGGAACCAACGAAUGCUACAAGUGCGGAAAAGCAGACCACCUCCGCUCGCAGUGCCAAGCCCCUUACACGAUUCCCGAGAACGAGCAGCGAUACCGAGGCAGCGUCAACAAGGCCAAGAGAUCGAUCCAACAAAGACCGGACCAAAGGAACUCGAACACGACUCCGAUGGCCAAACCGAUUCGCUGGCUAGGAACGGAGGACGAUCCUAGGUUUGCCCACCUCGCUAGACUCAACCACUUCCCUAUCUCCCCACCCAUGUCCGACUACGCCGAUCUCCCGGAAAAUGGCGAAGGCCCCAACUACUGA